AUGGAUGCGUUCAACUCCGAUGUAAAUACGAUUAAUUGGGAGCGGCUGCUAUCGAGUAACUUAAACGCCUCUGUUGAGAACUUUAAUGCCUACAUGCAUCACUUAUUCAAUAGUUAUGCGCCUAAGAAGAAAAUUGUAGUGCGGGAGAGGAUGCUCCCUUGGUUUACAUAUAAUGUUAGGAAAAUGAUGCGGCUGCGCGACGAGGCUCAUCACAGGAAGGGUCGCAGCACUGCCACCGCGCUGCUGGACGUGGUAGAUGAUGUGUUGGCGGCGCGUGACGCUGGUGAGGGAUCCAUUCUAGCGUUACUUGAUUUUUCACGUGCUUUCGAUACUGUGGAUAUACAACUUUUACUGGCUAAACUCGUUUAUUAUGGGUUCGACUGUAACACUAUUAAGUGGUUUUCCAGUUAUCUCAGUGGCCGUGUACAGCAAGUGGAGGAACUAGCAAAAAUCACAGGCUCCUGCGCAUACGAGCGCUUUACAGGCCCUCAAAUCCGUAAGAUGCGCCGUGUACGUCCACGCAUCUACCAAGCCGCCGAGCGUAUAUCACUCGUGUCCUCCUUCGCUUGCUCGCUAUUCCUCGGCAAGAUCGCACCUAUAGAUCUAUCUGAUGGCUCUGGCAUGAAUCUCCUGGAUAUACAUAGCAAGAAAUGGUGUCAAAGAGCUUUGGAAGCGUGCGGGGACGAAACGCUAGAAAGCAAAUUGGGUGAGCCGGUGCCCACAGCAUCUCACUUGGGUCCAAUAUCUUCCUACUUUGUGAAGCGAUAUGGAUUUGAUCCUAAGUGUAGCGUGGUCGCCUUUACGGGAGAUAACUGCUCCGCUCUCGCUGGUCUUCAAUUGCGUUCCGGCUGGGUGGGUCUAAGUCUAGGAACAAGCGACACUCUCCUCCUAGGUCUGCAAGAAACCGCGGCCCCUCCCGCAGGGCACGUCCUCGUGGGGCCAACGCCAGACGCGCCGUACAUGGCCUUAUUAUGUUUCGCUAACGGAUCCUUGACAAGACAGAACCACAGAGACCGGCUGGCCGGGAACAGUUGGGAUGCGUUCAACGAUUUGUUACGAGCCACUGUUAGAGGCAAUAUGGGAUAUAUGGAUUACCUAGAGACCAACGGUAUCUUGCCAUCAAAACAGUCGGGUUUCAGGAAGGGUCGCAGCACUGCCACCGCGCUGCUGGACGUGGUAGAUGAUGUGUUGGCGGCGCGUGACGCUG